ACCUCUGCAGGACGCUUCACAGCGUGGUUGCUUUCCUGAAGUGGCUAGCAAGGGCAGUCCCCUGAAGUGGGCACCAAGAGACUGCAGCCCUGCUGGCCUGCUGCCCUGAUGACAACAUCUCCACAUCUUCUUCCACCUCAGGCUGUCGGGCAGCCGAUCAUCUACGACCUUUCCAAAAUAACUGGCAGCCUUUACAUUAGUAACAGUGUGGCUGCAAAUAACAAAUUUAUGUUAUCCUGCUAUAACAUCACCACAGUCAUAAAUGCUUCGGUGGAGGUGGUGAACACAUUCUUCGAGGACAUUCAAUAUUUACAGGUGCCGGUGGCCGAUACUCCUACCUCGUACAUCUAUGAUUUUUUUGACCCCAUUGCUGAUCACAUCCACAGCGUGGAAAUGAAACAGGGCCGUACGCUACUGCAUUGUGCCGCGGGAAUAAGCCGCUCGCCUGCGCUCUGUCUUGCAUACCUGAUGAAAUAUCGCUCUAUGACUCUGCAAGACGCCCACACUUGGACCAAGUCCUGCCGUCCCAUCAUCCGGCCCAACAACGGAUUUUGGGAACAACUUAUUCAUUAUGAAUUCAAGCUGUUCAGUAAGAAUACUGUAUGUAUGAUCAAUUCCCCAGUGGGUAGGAUCCCCGAUAUGUAUGAAAAUGAAGUCAAUUCGAUGAUGUCCAUGUGAGCCAUUCUAGCCAGCCUUGGCAUCUGCAGCAGCUCUUAUAGCAAGAUGGAACUUGAACUUGAAUUAGUAAAUAAAAUCAGAGGAGGCUUCUUAGAUGGGCAAG